GAGGUCACUGGUGUCACAUUGUCGGAACAAAUUCUGGAUAAACUGCCAUUAGAAGUAACUCCUCCAACAUGUACAGUAUCAUCAUUAGCAGAUCUAGAGGCAAAAAAAAGCUCAUAUACCGGUACUGCAGAUUCUGGGGAUGAAAUUGUACUGGGCUCUGUUAAUCAAAUUCCGAAUGAGGAUGAGAAUGAAGUGAUGGACGAAGAUCACGUUGGAAAGGAUAAUACUCCAGAGAAUGAAGAAAAUGUUGAGAAGGAAGCAGUAGAGGAGGAGGGAGAUAAUGCAAUGCCUGUACCUCAGGUUAGAAUAAGUGAAGACGGUACGAUAGUUGUUAAUGAAGCAAGUUUAUUAGUAGAAGCCUCUCCACCCAAGACACAUGACCAUUGUGACAGUGAAGUAGUGUAUGAGAAGGCAUCAUAUACAACAUAUGCAAGUUUUAAAAAGAAAACACAUACAUCAGCAUGGACUGAUCGAGAAACCAACAAAUUCUACAAAGCUCUGAGCACUGUUGGCACUGAUUUCACCCUCAUCAAUGCCAUUCUACCAAACAGAACACGACAUGAAAUUAAGAAUAAAUUCAAAAAAGAAGAAAGAAUUAAUCGUGGACUAGUUGACCAUGCUAUAAAGCUAAGGAAGCAUUUUGAUAUGUCGGUCUUUGAACAGACUGAAUCAGAUAUUGAAGCUGAGAAGGAAGAACAAAGAAAAAGAGAUAAGAAGCAAAGAAAAUCUAAAAGUUACAAACCUAGACAAAAACGAGGUAGAAAGAAAAAGACAUCUAGUAAACAAAAACAUAAAGAGGAUGAUGAUGAAAGUGAUGCUGAUGUUGCUAUGGAGUCUAAUGAGGAGGAAGAAGCGGAAUCUAAAGAUGGUGAUGAUAAUGAGGAGGAAGAUGUGGAAAUUAAUACCAUUUUGGGUAAACCCACACGGUCUGGAAGACAGCCAAAAAUUGUUAAAUCAUUUACAGUAAAUACAGAGUGCCUUGGACGGAAACGUAGAGGUCGUGCCAAGGAUAUUCCCCAGGGCAGCAUAUUAGCAGUACCUACACUGCAGACACAAAAAACUGCUAAUGAAUUUGAUAAAUAUGCUUCACCGUCGGUUGCCAGUGAUACUAGUGACUCACACAAGGAGAAACAGGAUACUCCUACAGUUCAUAAAGAAACAAUAAAUGAUGCGCAAACACCGGGAAGUGAUACUCAGGGUAGCCUUGUUGCGGCAGGCGAAAACAUUGUGAUUAUUCAUAACCCUGGUUCUGGCAGCAGCAGAAAUAUCGUUAUUGUGCACACGCCAAAUGCCCGAAAUGCCGCUAGUGCAUUGGUCACAUCACCGGAUAUAGCUGCAGCAGGAAUAGAGACUACCCCUCUGUCAGGUAUGAAAGUAACUCAGCUGAUGGUUAAUGAUGUGCAACAGAUACAAGCUUCAAAUCAUGGAAGCCAAAUUGAUGAAGUUAUAAACAAUAAUGCUGAUGUUAGUAAAAUAACUGUUGAUAAUGAGACUACUGUUGUUGACUCAUUGGAUAACUGUGCAGUCAUUGAGUCAUUAGUCAACAGUGGUGUCAUUGAAUCAUUGAGUAAUAAAAGAACUAGUGAAAGUGUUGUCACUGAUGAUGGAGUCAUUGACACAUUAGACAGUGGUGAAAUCAUUACACCGUCUGAAUGCAGUGAAAUUAUCGAGGUUGAGGACAAUCUGAUUGAGGUGGAAGAUGUUGAGACUAGUGACAUCAUUGAAUCAUCGGAUGAAUUCAUGGGUGCCGAAGCAGUGGUGGAGAUAAACGCUAGUCAGCAUGUCAGUCGGGGUAUAAUGAUGACAGCAACUUCAUUGCCGUUCAUUCCACCCACAGUCCCAGUCACUACAUCUUCCUCAAUCACUAACGUUAUCAAUAUGAAUAUCAAGGACCACACGGAUUAAUAUUGUAUGUAAUACAAAAAUAAAAUAAAAUCACCUCUUGCUUUGAGUGGAUAUCACAAG